AUGCGUCGGCCUACGAAAUAUUACAGUCUCACCAGGCCGAAACUCAGGCAAUCAUGGAACAAGUAUAACUUGUUUAAUAUUGCCCGUGCGGCCGGCCGCGAGCCACCAGUCAAGGGUCGAGCGACAUUCUUCCAGCAGAAGUGGGCAGCCAAGUCCAAAACCCGAGGUUACCACGGCGAGCAUGUAUCCGAGAAGAAGUGGUAUCUUGCCGCCAAUGAUGGUUCCGAACAAGCUGCUGGUCGUGGUUCAGGCUUGUCGACAUCCAAUGUGACCGCCGAGUCCUACUCCCAAGUCCCCAAGGGCAGUGAUGCAGUCCGCCCUCCCUCUCAUCCGGCUCAGCGAAGUCGUGGUUUCGGCGAUGUGAACGAGAUGCUGUCUGAGCACUUCCAGGAUAUGACACCCUAUAUGCAAAUGACUUUUGCGCCCCUGGAGCGAAGAUUGGACACGGCAGUGUUCCGCGCCAUGUUCGCCAGCAGUGUACGACAAGCUCGCCAGUUUGUCAUCCACGGUGCUGUCAAGGUCAACGGCAAAAAGGUUGAUAUUGAAAAGGUCUUGUACGGAACCGGAGAGCAAAAGAAGCCCAACUCGAUACAGGAAAGUCACGACAAGGAGUUGCUUGACAAGCAAGAAGAGGCUGUCAGGCAACAAGGUCUCAAGAAGCGUUCAAAGAUUCUCGACGCUGUGGCCGCCAAGGAGGGAGAAGCGGCAGAAGCCGCCGAAGCCAAGCUUGGAAAGGGCUCGCUCAAACGUGUCGAGCGUGAGGUGCAAUUGCAUCGUAUCAAGAAUCUCCGCGUAACAGCUCGAGAGAUUCUAAAGGGUGACAUGAGACAGCUAUCGGCUAAGCAGAAGAAGGACCUGCGACUAUUCCGAGACACUGCCCAGCGUUUGCUGUCUCUCCGCGAAGACCGUGAGCUUGACGCAUAUGAGCUCAUUAACCAGAUCCAGUCUCAGAUCCAGAAGCUUGGUACUGUGGAUGCUUUCCGCAAGGCCGACCCAACCCCUGCCGAGCCAUCAAGUGAGGGAGAGUCUUCAGCUGAUGAGAAGGCUGCCAAGAAGAACGAGGUCCAGGUCAAACGGUCGGAAUUCAAGAACCAAGUCCUUGAGAGAGGCUUGGAAGGUAUCACAAAUAGGGAAGAUCGGGAUCGGGCAAGGAACAUUCUGGCCACCCAUGAUCUGACCAACGAGGAAAUUCGCAAACUUGUCUACAUUCUCAAGAACGACGCCGAGAACCCCAUCGACCACUCGAAACCUUACGUUACUCCCUGGCGCCCUCGCCCAUUCAUGUCUGCCUUUGCGUUCAUCCCUCGCUAUCUCGAAGUCAACCCCUAUAUCUGCGCUGCAGUUUACCUCCGUCACCCCGUGGCACGAAAGGGUAUGGCCGAGGUUCCCACACCUUUCAGUUACUUGACCAACCAAUUGGCCCAUAAUUGGUACUUGGGACGAGGUUAA